CAUCUGGGUUUAAAAGUAGGCCAGAGGUAAAUUAGACUACUUUCUAUCUGCACUGCUCAUAUGCGUUAGAAAUGGAGGACAUUACCAGCCGCACUCCGCCUCUGCGUGGUCAGAGCCGGGAGGGUGUAACCGCCCUGCUAAAGGAGUGUAAGCGACAGCUCUAGGGUAGAGAGAUGAUCCUAACACGGUCACAUGUCUCUCACCUCAGAUCUCAGCCAUCAGAGGCUGAGACGUAAAGAGAGGAGCGGGAUCUGAUCAGUUGUCCCUGAUUUGUUGCUGGCGCUAUUCCGAGCGUAAGUUUUCCCAGAAAUCUCUAGUGGAGAACACUAAGUUCUCCACUCCGGAGGGAGAGGAAUAGCCUCUCCCUCCCAAGGCCCUCUCUGCAUCCCGCGAUGAAGAGAGGGCACAGUUGCCAUCGUCACCCAAGGCUGCAAGGCGCUAAACAUCACUCUCCAUGGGCCAGCGCCCAAGGACCUAGUUCCCAAUACCUGUAUUUUCAUCCUAACAGGUACCCGGAUAGAGUGAACAGUGCUCUCAUUUUCCAGCUUUUAUGAGAGCAGUGCCAUCUAAGGCACAAGGGAGUUGCUCCCAAGACAAACAAACAUGAUCGGAACAGUAAAGAAUAAAGCUAUGCCUCAGACCCUUAGAGUGAUAGGGGGCUCACAUGAGGACGAAUUUGGGCCAUUGCCGACUGGCACAGUUGGAGACGGUCUGUAUAGCGAUAUCACUCAAGGGGAUAUUGCAAGGACUUCAUCGAGUAAGUCAGUGGGUCCAAUAUCUCCGGUUUGCACACCCACCCCAAGGUGCCGGGUGCAGUUGCGCUUUGGGUCAUUGAUUGUCAGAAGAAAGAAUCUGCACAGGCCAGACAAACCCCAGUUUGUUCUGGAUGGGAGGGGUUGUCACAAGCUAGGAAGAAGAGUAGCUGUGGCGGUUCCCCGGAAACUGGACCUCAGUACAGGAACAGUUGACGGAGAACCAGAAACGGUACAGCCUCGGACCGUAGUCGAAGCUAUAUAUUUAUAUAAUAAAACCCCAAAUGAAGCUGAGACAAAAGGCCCGACUAAACACGACUCUGUUGGUAGACCCGAACAAGGUGGUUCAAGGGAUUACGUAACUUCAAACAAAUCCCCGGGGUCUAGAGCGGGGAGGCCACACCAUCGGGCAGACCUCUGGAGAAACCGAACGUUGAGCGAGUUCGAGCCAAAACGGGGAAGCCAGCAGUUCACUCCGCAACCAAGGGCACACAAACGCCACCGGCCGCGGGGAUGGGAACAGAAAGGCCAACCCAAGCAGGCGAGAACGUACCCACCGUUAAUCCUGAGCCUGCAGUGCGAGAAGUGCUCAAAGGUCUUUCCUACUGCACACGGUGCAGCUGUCCACAGGGGUAAAUGCAAGAAUGGGGGACCAUGGCAGGGUCCUACGGUGGAGUUACAAUUUGUAUGCACUCCAUGUGGUCAGGGGUUCAGGACUCAGAGGGGGAAGAGUCAGCAAGAAGUGACCAGGCAUCCCGUGCUUAGGAACAGCAAACGCCUGGCCGCACAGAAAGCUGACUUGGAAAGGAAGAGGGAAGGGAGGGCGGCGGCAAGAGGGGUGAGAGGGAUUCCUACCUGUAGGACCCGCUCCCCAGGGGAGCCCACCCCAGCUGCGUUGUGGUCCGUUACGGAGGUUGACCGCCUCAUUGAGCUAAACUAG